AUGGCUAGUAACAAGAAUCGUUUUUACGAUGAUUGCUUCAUUAUCAACUCGGAAAAAGCAAGUUACUUGGAUCUUUUGGGUCUACUUUUUUCCUCUAAAUUGAAACAAAGAAGAUUCAUCGACGCUCCGGAGCAGCAUAACCAUCGGUUUCGUCGUCGAUUGGUCGUCUUCGGCAUGGUUCUCCUUCAGAAGCUCCUCAGUUUGGUGAGAAUACCUUUAGCCCUGACGGGGAUUGUGGUCGUGACGUUGCUGAAUCUUUUAACAUACAACGGUGGUUUAUCGGGCCUCCUACUCAAUCUUAUGAAAGGGAAAUUAGUGUGGCCUGAAAAAUCAUCGGAGAUGUACAGAUCGAUGUUAGGAAAUGUGGAUACUCGCGUUGAAUUAGACAACAACAUUAAACCUGGCGACCCCAAAUAUAAAGCGUUGCUGUCUAUGAUGGCGUCCAAACUUUCUUACGAGAAUGAAGCCUUCAUUAAAACCGUUAUCAUACAACAUUGGAAGAUGAAAUUCUUGAAGUUCUACAGUUUUUGGAACGAUUUCGAAGAACGAAGUACAACCCAAGCCUUCAUGAUGCAAGACACACAGUCUAACCCAAACUUGAUAGUGGUUGCAUUUAGAGGCACCCAACCAUUUAGUGCCUACGACUGGAAGACCAACGUUGAUAUAUCUUGGUAUGAGCUUAAAGACAUGGGUAAGGGGAAGAUCCAUAGUGGUUUUAUGAAAGCUCUUGGCAUGCAAAAGACCAAGGGUUGGCCUAAAGAGAUCCAACAAUCCACUCACCAACAUCAAUUUGCUUACUACACUCUCAGACAAAAGCUGUGGGAGGUUUUGGAAGAGAAUCGAGAUGCCAGGUUAAUAGUGACAGGGCACAGCUUAGGUUCGGCAUUAGCAGUACUCUUUGUUGCUGUCCUAAUGUUACAUGAGGAGGAAUGGUUAUUGGAGAAAUUGGAAGCUGUUUACACCUUUGGGCAACCUAGGGUUGGGGACCAUAAGUUUGGGGAGUUCAUGAUUGACAAGUUGAGGAAAUUUGAUGUGAAAUAUUUCAGGUAUGUUUACAGCAAUGACAUGGUGGCCAGGAUUCCCCCUGAUGAUGACACCUUCCUUUCCAAGCAUUUUGGACCCUGCUUCUAUUUCAACAGCUUCUAUAAUGGGAAGGUUUUGUCAGAAGAACCGAACAAGAAUUACUUCUCUUGGCUAUGGGCGAUACCAAAAAGGAUGAUCGCAGUUUGGGAGCUUAUUAGGGCUUUCAUUCUUCCUUACAUGAAGGGUCCAGAGUACAAGGAAAACUGGGUUAUGAUAACGUUGAGGAUAAUGGGAUUAGUAACACCUGGAAUGUCAGCUCAUAUGCCUCAAGAUUAUGUCAAUUCUAUCCGGCUCGGAACCUUGCCCUCGGUUCACCAACUUAAAAGAGAUUGA